UGAAGGCUAAAAGCCACUCAGGGCCGGAUCGAAAGUGCUGAGGGGAGUACCCCGAAGGGGUUCAAGGUAGAUGAACUCCAAUGCUGGGUUUUUGAUGAGCGUGGACUUGUUGGGUGCAGAAGCUUCUUUCGAAGGAAUUUCGGGAGGCCUCCCGAUUAGUCAUCUUACCCUUUGGGUCACCGAGUGAUCGACAGCCUCACAUACUCACCAGCCUAUCAUGAUCGUGUUUCCUGAAGGCUCAGCUUGAAAGGAUCCCUUCACGUGGUUUGGGAGGCCUCCUGCUAGCCUGAGUGAUGACUUCUACAACAAACAUAGCUCGCGCAAACAAAGUUGCGCGCUGAGGAGCGGUUUAUUAGCGAUCAACCCGAACGUCCAAAUCUUAGGUACUUCAUGGAUAUGUCUAAGGAAGCUCCUCCACGAUCAGAGACAUCGCUUUCUUUGGUAGACGACAACAUAGCCUUAGCACUGAUCGAUGGCGAGCGAAGGGCAUUGAAUAACGAGCCAGUUGGCUCAUGGUUUGGACUUGGACUGUCCCCAUGGCAAGAGCUCGAGCUCCAUUUCAAGAUUGUGGCAUGCCAUGCUUCGGACUUGGCCUAUAUUCUACGACAACGAGCCUUUCAGACGGUAAAACUUCAAUGGAGAUCUGACUAUUUUGCGUGGCGCAUGCGGUGUCUAAGUCGGAUGUCAUUGGCCAUGUAUCAAACGAUUCACGGGUCUGGUCGAAAGUCAAAUUCGUUCCAAGAUUCCAAAGACUUCCUUGCCACGAGUGCAAUUGUCAGUCUCAAAAAUUGCAUCAGGAACCUUCAGGUAUUCGGUUCGUUCUGCCAGGCCAUUCAGCACCAAUCUGGUAUGGACCAAACCUCAUGGUCCAUGGUUGACCUUGGAGAUUGUUCGGACGAGGAAUUGGCCACUGGAGCUGAAGAGAGAUCAUUCGAUUUCAUGAUACACAGCGCAGAGACAUGCAUUUUGAACGCUGCGAAACUCGUCUCGGAAGCGGCAACAGGGCAAAAGGAGUUGUAUGACAAGAUCAGCUAUCAUACGUAUGUUGCAAGUAUAGACUUCUCAGUUGGCGUUUCCUGAUCCAUGUAGCAAAUAUGAACUCACCAGAACACUGGACUACGCUCGAGUCCCCGACUUCGAUCUCGAGAUCGCCACAAGCGGCGACGGUAUUGUUAGCGUCAAAGGGUUGGCUCGGAAAAACGAGGAAGUAGUCAUGUUGGCCAAGCGACACCUCCCCCGUGCUAUCGAAACAGAACU